AUGGACUUGCUCAGGUCGCUUGUAUCAGGCAAAAAGAAAAGGCUAAAAGAAAAAGGCUUCAAUCUUGACUUAACUUAUAUAACCCCAAGAAUCGUCGCAAUGUCAAUUCCAGGAGAAGGCGUCCAUAAGCUUUAUCGGAAUUCUCUUAGUUCUGUUUCAAAAUAUCUCAAUGAAAGACAUGGGGGUAAAUAUCGAAUUCUAAAUUUAAGCGGAAUUUCAUAUGAUUAUUCAAAAUUUUCUGAUAGUGUAAAAGAGUUUGCUUGGCUUGAUCACUAUCCGCCUCCUAUAGAGCUUUUAUUUAAAGCAUGCAGAGAUAUUCAUACAUGAUUAAGUUUCAAUAUAAACAACGUAGUUGUUAUUCACUGCAAGGCUGGGAAAGGAAGAACUGGCACGUUAAUUUGCUGCUACUUAAUAUUUUCUGGAAGAAUUCCAGACCCAAAUCAAGCUUUGAUAUAUUAUAAGAGAAAAAGAUUUACAAGUGGAGGUGGGGUCACUCAUCCUUCUCAACAACGAUAUAUUCAUUAUUUUGAUAAAAUUUUUAAAGGGGAAAUAAAAAGUCCUUUAGUUACCCGAUUAACGAGAGUUCAGAUGAAAACUGCUCCACAUUUUAACGGGAAUUCUUCAAGGCCUUAUAUCGAAAUUUAUCAAAAACAUGGUUUAAUUUAUAUAAAUAAAGAAGAGAACAGAGUCAACCAAGUUGCUCUUCAAGACUCAUGAGAAAAUAUCGAGAUCCACGAUCUUGCAGUCAUUAAUAAUGGUCUAUGCCUCCAAGGAGAUGUUCUUUGCAAACUAAUGCAUUGAAGUUUAUGAGGGUCCUAUAAAAUAUGCCGUCUCUCCUUCAACACUGCUUUUAUACCAAAUGAUGAAGCUUUGAUUUUCAAAAAAAUUGACCUUGAUCCUGACAUUUUUGUGAAAAGCACCAAAGUGAGCAAUGACUUUGAAGUCAUUUUUACUUUCCAAAAGCUUUGUCAAUGCACUUCAGAUAUGGAUUUAAGCGAUAGGUGCUUAGAUUGUCAAGAAGUGAUGACUGAUGAAGAAAAAGAAAAAUGAGAAACUAUUAGAAGCGUUCUGAACGAACGAGAAGAUGCAGAUCCAGCACAGCUGCUGUUUGGAGAUCGGCAUGCCGAUGAUGUAGAUAAUAUAGUAAUGAAUAAUAAUGAACCAGUUGAGUAA